CUGCACUUGUCAAGGCAGAGGCAACCCUCCUCCAUCCCACUACUGCUCACUAACGCCCGGAGAACACUUGCACAGGGUUAGUCAAUAGAAAGGACCUGCAUUUGGAAAUUAGAGAGUGUCUUUCAUCGACAAAAUGCUUCAUUUUCGGAGGACGUUUGACAACGAAAAGGGCCAACUUCAGGAGCUUAACAGCAGGCUCAGCCAGUACCUGUCAAGAGCGAAGCAACUGGAACAAGAAAAUGCCCGCCUUAUCGUGGAAAUAAACAGCAUCAGGCAGGACAGGCCCGCACAAUGGGAACAUCAACACAUGGCAGAGUUGCGACAAAUGCGAAGAAUGGUGGAACAGCUCGCCUUCGAGAAGUCUAAGGCAGAGAUGGAAAGAGAAAAGCUGCGGCAGGAGUUCCAUAUGGUUAAAGCUCUUUGCUCAGAGGAGACGGCAGUAAGCAAAGGUAUUGGUGGGGAACUUAAAAGUUGGGAGAAGGAGCUGCAUCAAGCGCACAAUACUAACGCCGCCCUGGAGGCACGCUUGAUUGAGCUAGAGAAUGAAUAUAGGUUUCUGGAAGAUGCUCACAGUCAAGAAAUCGCCCAUAUGCGAAGCCAAGCUCACUCAAGAAUUGUACCUGUCGUUACCCAAACAUACCAUGGCCCCCCAGCGCCUUCAAUGGAAGAGGUUGAGCUAUACGCACGCUCUUUGUCCGAAAGUUGGGUGGACACGUACGACAUGUACCGAAUCAGGGUGGAAGAGAUGGAGCAGUCCAUCAAAGCAGAUCAGGCGAGACUGGAGGACAUGGGACGGGAAAAAAUGCAGUACGUGUCGGAACUGAAUAAGCUACGGGCAGAACUUGAUAGACAUGGCCAAAUACAAAUACACCUGGAGGAUCAGCUGAUGAACAUGCAAGAAAAAUUCCGGGCGGAUGUCAACCAGUAUCAGGUGAUUAUUGAUGAAUUGGAGCACGAGCGGGUUAUGCUUGCCGAUGCCAUGUCUGGGAAGUUGCAGGAUCACCAGAAUCUUCUGAAGGUCAAGAUGGACCUUGGUCUGGAGGUAGCUGCCUACAGGGCUCUCUUGGAAGGAGAAGGGAGACAUGCCCAAAUGUGGUCUGAUCAUCACUCAAGAGAAAGAAUAAUAGAUAUCAAGAUGCCUUCUCACCCUCACACUCCAAAAGCCAUGGGCAGGCUUGACAUCAGGUCCCCAUUCCAGUUAACUGGCAUUGAGAGAUACAUGGAGCCCAUAACCGGUGUGAGAACAGCAACUCUGUCCAAGACUGAGUCCAAAAGUGCCUCACGUGUCGUCCCGAUCAGCGUCUCUGCCCGUGCCCAUCAAAGUCCAGCAGGCAGACGGGACAUGGUCGCUUUUACCAAAGCUUCACAGGCAGCUGCCACAGCCACGGCCGCCUCUGCACGCGCCUCCAAACCAAGUGCCCCAAGUGUCGAGAGAAAGAGGGAAGUGGUUCAAGAGAAGAGUGUGAAGGUUACAGAAGGUUCCUAUGAUCAAAUGCCUGCUUCACUUUCCACGGAGCAGAAAACUGUGAGAGUUGAGCCGCCUUUGCCGAAGACAUUUGACAGCCUGGAAAAACAGAAGGACAACAAAGCAGAUUUGAGAGGACAAGGCAAAAUGGCAGAUGGCAAAGACCAGAAUGAAAGAAGUCAUACAGAGACCAAGAGUACAACAAGUGAAAAGAAAGUAUUGGAUACAGCCCUGAUGGAGGAGAUCAUUGAGAAUGUCAUGAAGCCAGCUGGGUUGGGUGUGGAUCUCUCUAAGCCUGACUCGAAGAUGACUUACCAUGUGGAGAAAACUGAAGAGGAUGACGGGACAACUAAGACACAGAUUAUUCUUGAGUCCAAGGUGCAAGAGGAUGUGGAUUUGUCACAGGACUCUGCACUGGAGGAGCUCCUGAGAAGAGGGGUGACGACAGUGUCUUUGGAGGACAUUAAGGGAACCUCAACAGGAAGCAUGAUCCAGAACCUUCUUGGCCUGGGACUGAAGGAGGGAGAAAGCAUGGAAAAUAAGACGGUAAACAUCAAGAUCAUUGAGGAGCCUGUUGAGAUCCCAAGUGACGAGGAAGCUGAAAUAGUGUCAAACCCAGAAUUCUUUCAAACUUCCUCAAUGUCCUACCAAAUUGAAGAGGUGGAGAAUGUGCACCAGGCUGACAAGCAACCUCAGAUGAGUGGAGAGGCCAUAAAGGCACCAACGAAGGAGACAGAAUACGAGAGGAAUGGAUCAGUUCGAAUUCAGGAAAGUUCAACAGACAUGGGGACUCCGUACUCUACCCAAGAUCAGGAAUCCCAAGAGUAUUUUGUGUCCACACCAGAGGACAACUUAUCGGAGGAAGAAGGUGGUUUCGGAUCCUAUGGACAUUAUGGAGUAGUGGAUGAUCUGUCAGAUGAAAGGUACUACCAGGAGGGAGCUUUCCCCGUGAAAAAACACUUCUCAGAAGACAGUGACAGUUUCAGAGACGAGCCAGAGGAGAUAUAUGAGGAGAAUGUGCGCUCAUAUGUUAGAGACAACAUCCCAGAGUGCAUUAUCGAGGAGGAGGUCCGUGUCUCACCCAUGGUGCAGGAAUCAGUGCUUGGGAUUUUGAAGGAGGAAACACUGGAUCCAAAGGAACAGUUGAAAGGAGCCUUAGAGAAACUCCAAGGCACGAUGUCCGGACCUCUGAAGGAGGAGCUGUCUCGCCUCACGCAGGCUGAACUUCAAGGUGCCGACAACGUAUCUGUGGACAUCAAACAAGUGCAACAGAGGUCAGACAAUGGAACCACAACUAUUGUGGCUGAGCUCAAUGUCACUCAAUCCCUGGAAAAUUCUGGACUUCUGGGUGAGGAGAGUGAUGACAUGUCUGAAGAGCAGAUAAUGGCUGCCCUGCGGUCAAACCCUGAGCUCCAGAAGGCCUUUAGUGGCGGGGCACAGGGAGGAUACACCAUGAAGGUGUCCAAGCAGGAAGUCACAACACAGGGCAUGCCCUGGGCGACCGAGCGUGGGGAGGCCAGAGAUGAGGAGGACAUCAUCAGUGGGAUCAGCAAGACGGAGAGGCACAUCAAACUGGGUCCAAAUGAGACGACCUUCACUUUCCAGAUGGAUGCCAACUCAGGCUUAGCAGGUGCUGGUGGCAUUGAUAUCCAAGGUCUACUGCAGCGGGAGGAGGCUGGCGAUGAUGAGAUAACAGGAGCAUAUGGCCCCAAACUAAAAGUCUCGCAAGAGAAAAAAGUGGCUACUGUCUUUCUAGACAGCACAGAGCAAGACUAGUUUAAAAACAUCAAGUGCCACAGACAUGUUGAGGUGAAGGGAGAGAAGAAUCUCCAAACAUUGUUGGUGUUUGUAAUAAUGAAUGAUUCACACCAUAGCUAAGAUGCAGUGGUUUACAUCUUGGUCUACAUCACUUACAAGUAAGGCACCACUUACAUCAAUUGUGGUGAUAAACAAUGAGCAUCUUGCAAUAUUAAGUAGUUCAAGUUAUUUUAUGAUACUAUAACUGCUUAGCAAAUGAAGCCAACCUCUUUUGUUUCAAACUUGAGGUUUUCUUGGAUGCUACGAUAUAUAUUUUUAUACUAACUUAGACUACUAAGCUUAGCUCUUUUGCAAAAGGAUCUUGAAUCUAAUAGAUUGACUUAAAAUAUAUUUUCCAUUCCAUUAGUCUUAAACGGAUGACGUGCAAAUUAGAAACCAGAAACCACCAGAUUUGCCCCCACCACUUAGUUAUCAUAGCAUUAACAAAAAAGGUGGAUGUUCACAGUGUGGGACUAACCAUUCUGGACUCUAGAGGGAUAAGGCAAAGAAAUGUGUUUAGACAAGGAUGGUAUAAUGACUACUAGGUUUUUUUGGCUGAUCGAUGCCACUGAUGAAUGUCAUUAAAUGUAGGUGCAUAGGUGAAGUGAUUGUGUGUUUGUAAUCAGCUUCACACAAAUAGAUACAAGGAAGAAGGCAAGGAAUCCAUCAACAGAAUUUAACAUUCAUCUCCAUAAAAGCCAGAAGUUUACUAAUGGUAACUGCAUAUUAACUGUCAUUGCAAUCAUCAUUGUGUCAUGGUUUUCAGCUAGUAAACUUGCCAGUCUAUCCUUUCCUGUUUCGCACACAGAUCCUUUAAUCUUUAAAUACCAUUACAUGGGCGAGCACUAAUCCAGCCAUCCUACGUUUUCAAAAUGAUGUUCUUUUAUGCGCUUGCAGGCACAGACACCAGAAGGAGAGAGUUUGGGUUGGGGAUUUGGGGGUAAGGAGCAGGAAAUGGAACAGGAAAGUAGCAGAAUAUUAAAUUCUUUGGAUAAAAACGUUGGAAUUGGAAUAUUGCUGCAGAGCUGAUGGGAGUUAUGAGUAUGCAUGUGGAUGUGUUUUUAGUCAAGUGAUGAUCUGCUUGGUUGUCUGUGAUUGUACUGGAGCAGCCUUAGUUGCGGCGGCUCACCUUCACCUGAGGUAAAGAGGUGUAAUGACUGCCUGCUAUUUUUAGACACUAGUAUCAGCUUAGUACCAGUGUAUGUGGAGAAAGAGCCAGACAGUGGGAGAGAUGAGUGCAUGUUAGAAUUCAAGGGGGAGGUUUUGGCCGUUGUAGUCUUCAGAUCUCUCAGCUGUGUAACUAUUCAGUUUUCACUCUCAUCACUAGCAUUAGAUUAUUGGAACUGCAGGUUUGUAAUUAAAUUGUUGAAUAUUUUAACAAGGUUUAAGUUUUAAGUGCUGCAUAGAUGAAGUAAGACUUGUAAAAGUUAACCUGAUCUGCUCAUGUCAUGAAACCAAAACUGGCUGAUACUAAUUUGUCAAUUCUAACAGCAACUGUCUUUGAUCUCUCCUAGUAUUUAGGGUUAACCUUGCCAGAUGAAAUGUCAGCUUAAGACUUUAAUGACACAGCCGAGUUUGAGACAUCUGGCAGGUGUGCUAACUGUCAUAAUGGUCGUGAAAGUUUAUUGUGGAACGACCAUCUGAAUCAGACAACUUAAUUCAAACAAUUAUUGAAAUGUGAGAUUUUGGUGAUACAUUCAUGAAAUGUUGUCUCACUGAUACUAGAUGCAAUGUUAUUGACAUUAUAAAGUCUAAUUAAUGUGCAAUGUAAUGUCACAUUUAUUGAAUUGUUUGUUGAAAUGAAUGUCUUCACAAAUUCAGUUAAUUUGCUUAACAUUCACUCUUGGCCUUGUAACACGCCUCAUAUUACCUCUGUGUUUCUAAUAUUCAAAAUAUGUCUUUAUUUGUAUUGUGUUAUACAGGGUAGGAAUGUUUGGAGAGUUUUAUCUAGCUUUGAGAAACCUUGUAAGGAAAGGCAUUUCCAUCUGAUUCACCUGUAAGCUUUACUGAGCACUUCAUUUCAGCAUUCUGAGAAUCAGAAGAAUUCUUUGCAAUUGUGACAAUUAUGCAAUGCUUCUGUUCACUUGGCAAAUGUUACACAAGAUAUUUGGGUCUCCAAACAGAUACUUUGAUUUGACUUGAUUUGACUUGAGAAAGGGAUUUCUUAUGAAUUUGGCCUCAUUACGACAGCUUCUCUGUCCACGUGCUGCAGGACACACACUUUUGUUGGUCCAUCUUGCAAAAAACAGAAUCUAUUAAAACACACUAUUAAAAUGUAACUUUCAGUGCA